GCCGCGGGCUGUUCGUGGACCCGGCGCGGGACAAUUUCCGCACCAUGACGAACCUCUACGGCUCCAUUCACCCCGCCGACUCCGUGUACCUCAGCACCCGGACCCACGGCGCGGUCUUCAACCUCGAGUACUCCCCUGACGGGUCAGUGCUGACAGUUGCUUGUGAACAAACUGAAGUUCUGCUUUUUGACCCUAUAUCUUCAAAGCACAUAAAAACACUUACUGAAGCUCACGAAGACUGUGUAAAUAAUAUCAGAUUUCUUGAUAACCGGCUGUUUGCUACUUGCUCUGAUGACACUACCAUAGCACUGUGGGAUCUGAGAAAACUAAACUCCAAAGUAUGCACUUUACAUGGCCACACCAGCUGGGUGAAGAACAUUGAAUAUGAUACUAACACAAGACUCUUAGUCACAUCGGGAUUUGAUGGAAAUGUCAUUAUUUGGGACACUAACAGGUGUACAGAAGAUGGGUGUCCACAUAAGAAAUUCUUUCAUACACGUUUUCUCAUGCGAAUGAGAUUAACACCAGAUUGUUCCAAAAUGUUGAUCUCGACUUCCUCUGGCUAUCUCUUGAUUUUACAUGAUCUUGACUUAACCAAGUCUUUAGAAGUAGGCAGCUAUCCUAUUUUGAGAGCAAGAAGAACGACAUCCAGUUCAGAUUUGACCACUUCGUCAAGUUCAUCUGGUCCUAGAGUUUCUGUAUCACCUUGUCAUCAUAGUGACUCUAAUUCACCUUCUGAGAAACACAUGUCACGAGCUUCUCAAAGAGAAGGAGUUUCACCCAGGAAUAGUCUUGAAGUCUUAACCCCUGAAGUUCCUGGUGAGCGAGACCGUGGAAAUUGUAUCACGUCCCUACAGCUACACCCCAAAGGCUGGGCCACUCUUCUCCGGUGCUCCAGUAACACUGAUGAUCAGGAGUGGACUUGUGUCUACGAAUUCCAAGAAGGUGCUCCCGUGCGACCUGUGUCACCUCGCUGCUCACUCCGACUGACGCAUUACAUUGAAGAAGCCAAUGUAGGCAGGGGUUACAUCAAAGAACUGUGCUUCAGCCCCGAUGGGCGAAUGAUUUCUUCCCCUCACGGCUACGGGAUCCGCCUCCUGGGAUUUGACAAACACUGCAAUGAACUUGUUGACUGUUUGCCCAAAGAAGCCAGUCCCCUUCGAGUGAUUCGUUCCUUGUACUCUCACAACGAUGUGGUCCUGACCACAAAGUUCUCUCCCACACACUGUCAGAUUGCCUCCGGGUGCCUUAGCGGGCGGGUUUCCCUGUAUCAGCCAAAGUUUUAGGCACAACUGACAUCAAAUAAGGAACUCUUCUGGUGUUUGACUUAUAAAUUACUUCAAUUUAGGUGAAGUAUUAUCUUCUUAGAAGAUCUUCUAAGUUUGGGUCACAAUUCUGGUUCUUGUGGGUCCAUUUUAUACACCUGUGACCUGAGGCCUGGUAUCCAGCCUCCUACAGGCCUCUCCCAUUGGAGGCUGGCGGCCGCAGCCCUCUUGGCACCCCUGUGCCCGCUGGCCCUGUGCCUGGCUCACCAGCCCUCGGGGUCCUUUGCAUGGUAACUCCUUGUUACUUCUUUUGUUUCUCCUCUCUUAGUAUUUUUCUUUUUGAUAAUGUUUUUAGUGGUUUCGUUUUAACGUGAGUUUUGUGGGCAUUUGGCAGGAGUUUGAGUUGGGAUAGGAGAAACUUGUGGCCACAGGCGCGAAUGAAACCCUGAAGUUCUAUGUUGGCAUAUUGGUUGUAGAACCAGAUUUCAUUUUCAAUUAUACUUGAAUAUACUUGACCCUUUAAAGUUGCUUUUAUAGUUCUCAUAAAGAGCACAGAUACUGGUGAUAUCCUCCUCCCCGUUUAUUGGUCUUGCAACAAAGUAAUUUUUUAAGUUGCCUGUUAAAAGUGAUACACAGUUUUUCGCCCUGAGAGGGGUGUUGCACGCUGUGAAAGUCUAGAAAGAAGAUAGCCAUUUCUUUCUGUAAUUUGCUUUGCUUCUGUCUGCCCUCCUCUGGCAUUUUGCUCCUGUCAGCAGCAGUAGAAAGGAGGGGAAGGAUGGACAUGGCUCGUUUCUUUUGUACAGAAGAGGCUUAUGAAUCGGGUAGCACAGUAUCUGGCUGCAAUAGCAAUGUGACAAGUGUUCUGUAUUUUCUGUGCCGGGUUAUUUCAAUCCCACAGGAUGACAUGGGACAUGAGGGGCUGUAGAAAAGUGUGUGGGAAAUUUCCAGUUUUUUUCCAUUCCAUUUUCCACAAACUUUUGCAGUCCUCUCGCACUGUUGGUUUGGGGCCGAGACAGUGUCAAGUGUGAAGGGGUAAUAAUUUACUUGACUUUCGUCCUUGAGCCAGGUUGGCACCCUGUCAGCCUGAGUGUGGGCAGUAAAGGGAGAGUCUCAAUCUCCUUUCAGCUGACGUCAGAACAGUGAACAGUAACCAGGGUCAGGAUGAGGUGCUGACAGGAGACUGUAGGCUGACCGCUCUGAGGUCAGCGCUUUCUCAGUCCCCGCCACAGUGAAGGCGGGCAGCUGGAGUUAUUUAAAUCAUGUUUUCUUAAGCUGAUUCUCAGCUCAUUGAGGAACUUGUGAAAAAUGCAGAGAGCUGAGCACUACUUCGGAGAUACAAACCCAGGGAGGUGGCAAGAAUCAUCUUUCUUGGGUAGUUCCUCAGUUGCCCUUGACAAACACUACCUUAAGGCAGUAAAUACUUCUAUCCCAUCUGGUGCUUAACACAACUCCCAGAAAGAUGUUUUGAUUUUUCUAUGUUUAUGUUUUUGGUUUUGUUUUGUUUUCUUAAGUAAAUGAAAAUUAGUUUAGAAGUAGAAAUAAACUUAAAAUAGAGUCAAUCCCAGUUUGACGCAUGAGAGAAGUUCAUUGUCUUGCCCGGGGUUCACCCUGCCAAGUUGGUGGCAGAGCCAGGACUUCAUUUCAAGUCUCCUAAUUCCUUGCUCAGGGCAAUUUCUACUGUAUUUUGUUGGCUAUUAAUGACUUGUGAACACUUGAUUCCGUCUGUAAGGUGCAUUAGUGUGAGCACUCUUAAAUUGGCCAGUAGAUUGCAAAAAGAAGUAAUUGCUGAGUUAUUCAGCCAGAAGGUGCAAAGUAUUAGAAAUACUUUAGAAAAUUUUAAGCAAUUCAACUCCAUUAAUAAAAACGAUAUUUCUUUGUAGGCCCUUCCAAACAGCCUUCCUGUACAAGUGUAUAUGCAAGUUAGGAACAAUGCUGGGUGUAGAACAGAUUUUUUUAAUUACAUAAGUUUGCCACUAAUGUUUAAAAAAAAAUUGUAGAUUUAUUGUGGUCAUAAAAAGAAUACCACAAAAGCACAGUGAAAACAGGCAUGUCGUAAACUUGGGGGAGAAAUAUUUAAAAUAAAAUUUUGGAGGAAAAAGCA